AUGGCCGAAGCUUUAGUAGUUAUUGCCGCCGAGGGGAUACUGAAAAAGGUGUUGACUAUCGCUGUCGGUGAAAUCGCCAUUGCUUGGGGUUAUGAAGAAAAGCUUACUGGCCUCCACAGAACAUUGGAGAUGGUUCGUGCCAAGUUGCUCGAUGCGGAGGGAAAAAAGGAUACACAGGCGGCUGUGAUGGUGUGGCUGAAGCAGCUAAAAGAUGUUGUGGGUGAAGCUGAUGAUGUGUUGGAUGAGAUUGAUUACCAAAUGUUGAGGCGUCAUAAAAUCGAAAAUAUCAAUAAAUCGUUGCUUGAGAUCUAUACACAAGCCAACAGUUUAGGACUACAAAACGAGCACCCUGUUGAGCCUGUUCCAGAUCGCCUCUAUCGGGAGACUGUUCUGUAUCGAGAAGAAUUUAAAAUUGUAGGGAGGGAUGAUGAUAAACUACGUAUCAUAGAGCUUUUAACGGUAUCAAGAACGGAAGAAAAAUUUACGGUUGUUCCCAUUGUGGGAAUGGGCGGUAUUGGGAAGACAGCUUUGGCUAAGUUGGUUUACAAUGAUAAAAAGAGCAAGGAUUAUUUUCAUGUGAGAGCAUGGUUGUGUGUGUCGGUUAAGGUUGACAUCAUCACUCUUCUUGCAAAGAUCUAUGAAUCUCUUGCUGGAAAGAAACCAGAGUCAGAAUCUAAGGUCAAUUUAAUUAAAAGUCUUGAAGAGAAGUUGAGAGGAAAAAAAUAUUUGCUCGUCUUGGAUGACGUUUGGGUUGAAGAGAGGCCAUACUGGGAAGAGUUUAGGACUUGUAUGUUAAAUGUAAACUCACAAAAUGGAAGUGGCAUUCUUGUCACUACACGGAAACUUGAAAUCGGAACUCACGAUAUGAUCAGGGAUUCGUGUCGUCUAGAAAGGCUUUCCAAUGAUGAGUGUUGGUCAAUCUUUAGAGAAAGAGCAUUUGUGGCAGAAGAAUCGCCUUCGGCGGAAUUGGAGGCGAUAGGUCGUGAGAUUUUGAAAAAGUGUAGUGGUUUACCGUUGGUACUAAAUGUAUUAGGUGGCAUGUUGGCAAAUUGCAGUGAUCCAGAGAAAUGGUUGUCCAUCAAAAACAGCAAGGUUUGGGAUUUAGAAGAAGGAAUGGGUAAAGUUCAAAAGAGUUUAGAACUGAGCUUUGAUAAUCUUCCUAAUUCUAUUAUCAAGCAAUGCUUUGUAUAUUGUUCCAUCUUUAAGAAAGAUACGAUCAUGGAAAAGGGAGAACUAGUUCGACUUUGGAUGGCUUUAGGGUUGGUUCAAGCUGAUGAGGCAAAAAACAAGGAGAUGGAGGAUGUGGGAAAUGAUAUUUUUCAAAUAUUGGUUAACAAUUCGUUGUUCCAGUUAGAUGUUAAAAAGGAUGGGUAUAGUCACAUCACUCAUUGUAGUAUGCAUGAUCUGGUGCAUGAUCUUUUGUUAUCACUUUCGACACAAGAAAUCUUAGUUCUGACGGGUGUGAAGAAUAAUGAUAUCACUCGUAUUCCUCAGGUUAAGCAUCUCGUUUUUUACCAAUUGUUUGAGGAAUCAGAAGGCAAGAUUUCUAAGCUCAUUGAAAGGGAUACAGUGGCUAGAAGAUUGCGUACAUUGUUCAUCGAGGGUGAAGUUGAGAAGAAAUUUUCAUUUCAACGAUUCAACUGCAUGCGAAUCCUAAAACUCAAAGGAUAUCAUAUACAUAAGUUACACGAUUCAAUUGGAGAGUUGGUGCAUCUCAGGCAUCUUGAUUUGUCAUAUACGGAGAUCUAUGUUCUUCCGGAAUCUAUUGGUAAAUUAUACCACUUGCAAACUCUAAAGUUGCCUUUUGGAUUCGAGCAGUUCCCAGAAUCCAUGAGAAAUUUGAUAAGCCUGCGAUAUUUCCAGGGUCACAUGGAGAUUCCCGCCAAUAUUGUAGGACACCUGACCUCUCUUCGAAAUUUGUCUUCCUUCACAGUGCUUAGUAGUAUGGGACAUGGUAUUGAAGUGCUACGUCAUCUAAAUAACCUUAGCGGAUAUCUCUGCAUUUCCGCUCUAGAAAAUGUUAGCAGGAAAGAGGAUGCUGUCAAGGCAGAUUUAGCUAGCAAGAAAAAGUUAUCCAAUAUUGGAUUCGAAUGGAGUGGGCACAAUAAAGGUGCCAACAGAAACAACAAGGAUGUAUUGGAAGGCUUGCAACCCCCUGGAGAUCUGAAAACAUUGACAAUUAAAAGAUUUUCUGGUGAUAAUUUUCCGGAAUGGGUAAUGAAGAUGGCAAUCAAUAUCGAAGGGAAAUGGACACCCCUUAACAACCUCAUGUCAAUCACAUUAUCUGACUGUCGUAGCUGCCUCUCUCUUCCGACACUUGAGCACCUACCACAUCUGCGGGAUCUUGUGUUGGAGCAUAUGGACAGCUUGACAUGCUUAAGGAGUUCUGAUACUGGAAUGGUGGAUAGCUGGAGCACCCAACAGCUCAAAAUGAUAUCGCAUGUCCUUGAGAAGUUGGUGAUUGGUUAUUGCCCAAAGAUUAUUCUCUUAGAUGAAUUCCAUCCCCACUCUCUUGUUUCCUUAGAGAUAUCGAACUGCAAUGGUCUAGUGUUCAUUAAGAGCAUACAAGGCCUAACAUCUCUUGAAUCUUUAUCUAUCAAUCGUUGCCAUAGUCUUUUAGGAAUAGCCAAUUUUUCUGGUGAUAAUUACCUGCCAUCUGCAAUUGAUAUUGAAAGGAAAUGGACUCCCCUUGACAAGCUGGUGGAGAUCAAAUUAUCUUUCUGUAGGAGCUGCCGCUUUCUUCCAAUGCUUGAGCUGCUACCACAUCUUCGGGAUCUUGUGUUGGAGCAUAUGGACAACUUGACAUGCUUAAGGAGUUCUGAUGUUACUGGAUCAACGAAGCCUUUGUCUCUAUCGUUGAGAUCUCUAAAACUAUGGAAUAUGGAAAGACUGGAAAAGUGGGUAGAUGGAGCACCCAACAACUCAAAAUGA